ACGUUUAGUUUCAGUUGGUUUCAGCGUAGAACUAUCUCUGUUAUGUGACAGUCGUGUUACGCGUGAAAUUAGAAUCAGUGCGUUUCCACUUCCAGUACGAAUAUAACUUAUCCAGGGGCCGCAAAUAAGCUCUAUACUACAUUUUCCUGUCUCUCUCUGACGAUGUUGCGAAAAUUCAAUGAAGUGUUAUCAGGAAAGCUAGCUGUCAGUGAGGCUCACGCUAAAGUUUAAAUCGAGAAAUACAAAACCAACUUCAAUUUUUCUUUUCACAUAACUAAGUGUUCAAAUAAACAAACUUUCCAACGAACGGUAUGCUCCUAUAAACUUGCACAAGCCUUAGAAGUUACGACGUGACAAAAUGCACGAAGUCAACGAAUAUCGGUUCAAUUCAACUCCUCACAUGUGGAUUUUUAUCAAACUAGUCCUGUUUGCUUUUUGUACGUUCAUAUUUAAGUACUACAGCGGGGGAGUCGUCGAGGAAAUUCCCGAUAACAGAACUUCGCUAGCUUCGGAAACGCGUAUCGAAGAUGCGAACCAAAUGAACUUUACGGACGCUGUUGAUACCAAACUAGAUCAGGGCAAGCGGAUAACUCGUAUUUUAAUAACCCAACCAUCGUGUUCUAUAAUGGACACGUUAAUGAUCCUCGACGAUAUUUGCGCGGACUUAAAGAUGAGUAAAACCGGAUGUCGUCCACAAGAUGUGAAUGAUCCAAGCAAACACAAAAUCCCAAAAAUGUAUUACGCCAAAAAUCAAUCCACUAAUGAAACAGAAAACAAUAUCGUCAACUACAUAAUCGCCGCCCUCCUUCUAACAUCACUUGGGGCGGCCCUACUGGAAUUAUACCGCGCCAAGACUUCCCACCAGCCGGCAGUGGCGGAACGAAGGGGUGGUAGCAAGGUAUCUCUAAACCGAAAGUGUUCUCUGGCGGACUUGACGGUGCUGAAACACAAUAGGAAAGAACUGGUACGAAGGGAAAGCGUGUUGGAGCAAACCAGGGAGGAAGGGUUGCAGACUACAUCGAAGCAGGGUGGUAGACCUUCCCCUCUCCACCGCCGUUGCUCUUUUCCCGCGGGAUUCCAUCCAGCCGAAACCGCACGGAUCUCGAGGCGAACUUCAAUAGUUGGUGAUCCUGGAAUCCAGGCGGGAAUCGGCGUAGGUGGUAGGAAAGUAUCGGUGGUCUCGGACGUCGUAGGUAUGUCGACAGAGGCCAUUUUGAGACGAUCCAGCGUCGUAACAGAAGAAUCGUCGCCAGAAAGGCGACAUUAUUCGAGGCUUGUGCAUAGACACUAAAAUUUUGGGAUUUAGGAGUCUGCUCUGGUUUAAUCGAUGGAUGAAAUUUAUUUAUUCAUAUAGUCAUGGAUCAAUUACAACAAAUCCAAAGAUUUGCUAACCGAAAAAGGGAAACCGUGAUUUGCAAAGUUCCAAAAACAAAACGUCCACAAAACCAAAUCAUAUAAAGAUUUAUACGAGGAUUUACAUUUACUAGAAGGCGCAAUCAGUAAAAAUGCAAAAAUUCUAAUCCUUUAAAAACCUACAAUACAAGAUGACCACUUGUUCAAUGGGAUUAUAGGGUUGACUUUUAAACCAUUAAAAAUACAUGGUCGGUUUAAUGGAAUAAAUAAAACCAACCACUCCAAUGAAAACUGGACUAAAAAAUUUUGUAGAAAAUAAAAAUUCUUCAAUUUUAGUAUUUCCUUCAAUUCAAUUCAAUUCCUCCAAUUUUACACAAUAAAAGUAUAUGAAAAUUGUGGUUGUUCUUGUUUACAGUAAACCGUCUAUCUAAAUUAUUAGAACAUUAACUCCUCUUGUUACCAACUGCUGUUACAAUUCACAAAUAUGUGACAUCACACCAAGGUGGCAUGGACAUGAACAUUUAAGUCAAAUACUUGAGAGGUUAAGAGUUUCUUCAAUAAUCAAGACGCACGCAACUUAAAUUAUGGAUGGCCCAAUGAUAAAUUGUUUUAUUCAUAUAGCUAUAAGAUAAUAUAGGGGCCCUUCUACGGUAAAAAUUGAUGCGCCGCAGAUGGCUAUGAUAAUUUCGUAGAGAAGGUAUUCAUCUUUUGCGCAUGCGUCACCCCCAACUGACUGAGCUGCUACAUUGCCGUAAUUUUUCUGGAAAAUUAAUUAAUUUUUAUAAUAACGCAACAUCAAUCUCUGAAAUCUGAACAUAGUUGGCAAUGCCAAGCUAAGUAAUUACAGUUUUCAUUUUUAGUAUCAAUAUCUCCGUACCGUACCCUACUCCCAAACUUGCAUAAUCUGUGCCUAUAGGAUCUUGAAGAAAUAAUGAUUUUAACAAAGUAGAAAAUAGACUUACACAGAUAUUUAAAUGUGAACAGAAUUCCCAACAUUUUUAGGUACACUUAAAUAGCUACGCAGAUGUUUAGGUAAUAUAGUUUAGUGUACAAGAAUUACAGGAAAUAUAAGAACGCAAUUAAGCUACAAGUUGAAUUUUUACUGGAACAAGCAUAACAAACACUCCUUUCCAAUUACUGCCUAUAGGAAGUGCUUCUUGAAUAUUUUUUCACUUACACAUCUCAAAGUUAUUUCAAUGGAGAUUAAACCCAUGAGAAAAAUACAUGUAAAAAUUGCAUCCUACUUGCAAGGCUUGAAGAACAAAAACGCCAAAUUAAUUACAGAAUUAUACUGAAGCCGACGUGGGUGUUGCAAUUCUGCACUGCAUUGCUAGAUCUUAACUCCUUUUUUGAAUGAAAAUUUGAAUUUAAAUAUAUUUUCAGAAAAUACUGCUGAAAAAAUGCCGCAUCCAAAUAUCGGCCAUCUGUCAGUGGCCAUGUUGUUUGUUGAAAGCCGCAAGGUCUUAUGAGUCUACGUCAGGCUUUGUCAUUAGAGCUGCCAUUGAUUAAAAACGAAAUUUUGAAUCUCGCGCAUGCGCACAUUGAACGGACCUUCUCUAAAAAAAUUAAAUAGUUGCUUCAUGAGUUUCUGUACUGUUGGCAUAGGCAGGACCCCUAUAUGUCUAGUAGCUUUAUGGUUUUAUUCAACACAUAUCACGUGAUCAACGACUCUAAAUGUUCUUUAUAUCUAAUUAUACAUAUUAUUUCAAAUGUUAAGAUAUAUUUGUCAUUAUUUGUCGUUUGCAAACGAAUGUUUCUUCGUUAACAAAAUAGGAAAUGUUUUAAAAACACGAACUUGCAUCAAACCCAAAGAGUCUAAAUUUACUCCUUUGAUGUAUCUAUGCACAAGAUCAAAUAAAAAAAAUCAAAUUAGCUAAGCUAGACCUUAGAAGCUUAAUUAAGCAAAAAAUCCCAGCACUGCGGAAUGUUUGAUGUUAGUAUUUGUUAAAAUAUUUUAUGUAUUUAUUGCAUUUACAAUAUAUGUACUAAAUGAUGACCAUUUUAAAUAAAAUUGAUCUCAUGAG